UUUAUUAUCUAAUGGGGACUUAUAACAGUAGUAUUCUCAGUCUCCACUACUAGCUCAGUGAAGAAGAAGAAGAAGAAAGAAGACGAGAAUGGCUGAAAUCUCUCUUCCAUUCUUCUCUCUUCUCUUAUUCGCCAGAUUCUCCGGUCUAGUGGUAGCAUCUCUUGUUCUAAUUUGGGCACUUGGUUUCAGAUCAAGCUUCCUCCCUCGCUCUCCUUCCCAAGAAGACCUCAUUUAUGCUGUUCUUCAUCCAAUACUCAUGGUGAUUGGCUUCAUCCUAAUCAGCGGAGAAGCAAUAUUGGUUCACAGAUGGCUGCCUGGAUCAACAAAUUUGAAGAAAUCAGUGCAUUUGAGUCUGCAAGGACUGGCAUUAGCUUGUGGUGUGUUUGGUAUUUGGACAAAGUUUCAUGGACAAGAUGGGGUUGUGGCUAAUUUUUAUAGCUUGCAUUCUUGGAUGGGUUUGAUUUGUGUGUCCUUGUUUGGUGCUCAGUGGCUGAUGGGUUUCCUGAGCUUUUGGCACAAAGGAGAGGUGAGGAUGGUAAGGUUAAGAGUGUUGCCAUGGCAUAUUUUUCUGGGACUUUACACUUAUGGAAUGGCUGUGGUGACUGCUGAAAUGGGGCUGCUUGAGAAGCUGACUUUGUUGCAGAUGAAAGAUAAUGUGGCUAAGCGAUCCACUGAGUCUAUGAUUGUAAACGGGAUGGGUUUGGGUUUGGCUCUUUUAAGUGGGUUUGUUAUACUUGCUGCUGCCUCACCAAAACACCAACAUUCUAAGAUUAUCAUGUCUUCAAAUCAAAAGUCUUUGUCUAAGUUUUCUUUUUAGGGUUUGUUUUCUUUGAUACUUCUUCUCCAUGUAUUCUUUGACAUUUGUUUUCUUCUGUAAAUAUUGAGUUUUACUUCAAUUAAUUAUAUGCUGAACCCAUAGAUAUAGUGGUAA